CUCUAGUGAGCCUGUUCCAGCUCAUUCCUUAGAAAGGCUGUGGAUGGAAGAUCAGAGAACAGGCCAGGAGAUCUGGGAUUUGUCCAGGGGUCUCUGGGUUUAAAGAUCCGUACAACCACUUGAGCUCAUUUUCCCUGUGACUUGCCAGGGUACAACUUCUUUCUCUGCCCAAGCUGUUAAAAAUCUAAAAUUUCACUCAUCAGAUUCUUUCAGUUGCGUGACAGAUCCAACCCAGCCUUGAGCAAAAAUGGAAGCUAUCAAGAAAAAGAUGCAGAUGCUGAAGUUGGACAAGGAGAAUGCCAUUGACCGAGCAGAGCAGGCUGAGACGGAUAAAAAGGCAGCUGAGGACAAAUGCAAGCAGGUAGAGGAUGAGCUGGUAGCUCUGCAAAAGAAGUUGAAAGGAACUGAAGAUGAGCUGGACAAGUACUCGGAGGCUCUCAAAGAUGCCCAGGAAAAACUGGAGCAGGCUGAGAAGAAGGCCACUGAUGCUGAAGGGGAGGUGGCAGCUCUGAACAGACGCAUCCAGCUCGUGGAAGAGGAGUUGGAUCGUGCCCAGGAACGACUGGCCACAGCCCUGCAGAAACUGGAGGAGGCUGAGAAAGCAGCAGAUGAGAGCGAGAGGGGAAUGAAGGUUAUUGAGAACAGAGCAAUGAAAGAUGAAGAGAAAAUGGAGAUUCAGGAAAUGCAGCUGAAGGAGGCCAAGCACAUCGCCGAGGAGGCCGAUCGCAAAUACGAGGAGGUUGCCCGUAAACUGGUUAUUUUGGAGGGUGAACUGGAACGAGCUGAGGAGCGUGCAGAGGUGUCUGAAGUUAAAUGUAGUGACCUCGAAGAGGAGUUAAAGAACGUCACAAACAACCUGAAGUCUUUGGAAGCUCAAUCUGAAAAGUACUCGGAAAAAGAAGAUAAAUACGAAGAAGAAAUCAAGAUUCUCUCUGACAAGCUGAAAGAAGCUGAAACUCGUGCUGAAUUUGCAGAGAGAACCGUUGCCAAACUGGAAAAGUCUAUUGAUGACCUGGAAGACGAGCUCUACGCUCAGAAGCUGAAGUACAAAGCCAUCAGUGAGGAGCUUGACCAUGCCCUCAAUGACAUGACCUCUUUGUGACCUGUCCCUGUGUGGGGACACGGGGGUGGGGCUCCCUCUCGCUGCGUUUCUCAAGCUUUUCUUGCCUGUCGUCCCUGUCACUCCUGUGCCACUUCCACAAGUGCCCCUUCCACCUCUGUGGGCGCUGAGCUCAAUAAAACACGAUACCUCUACCUGUCAGCCUUUGGGGUUUCCUUUCUUAGGACUUGCCUAAACUGCACUGGUGACACCACCAAAAACAUGUUCAGCUCCUCACACAGGGAAGGGCAGGCACAGCCAGGGCAGGACCUGGCACUGGCAAACACCACCUCAGUUUUUUUAGUGUUCCCAGGACGCACAGGUGGCAGCCAAAAGCUUUGGGUGCUUUUGGUGUGUCCUUGUGCUCCAUCUGCCUGGUUAAAAACCUCUCAGUGCAAGGAAAACCCAGCAGGAUGUGUCCUGUACAUCACUCAUUGAGUCAGAACACAAAUCUGGCCAAAACCCUCCCUAAAUGAGAGCAAUUGCCAAAAAGAUGCUCCAGCUGUAGAGGAGUGUUGAACACCAAGGUAAGUCACCACAGGUUUUAUUGAAGUGAAAAAGCUGUAAGAUA